AUGGGCGACUUCAACGCCAAAAUUGGCAAAAUGGAAGAUCAGAAGCAAGUAGCAGGACACUAUACAUUACACGAAAGGAAUAACGACAACGGAAAUAUGACAGCACAGUUUGCAGAACGGAAUAAACUCUAUAUCAGAAGCACAUCGUUCCCACACAAGAAGAUACAUCUUGGGACAUGGCAAAUUCCAGGCAGCGAGGAAGUUAAUCAAAUAGAUCUUGUGCUAGUAUCAGCAAGGCACCGAUCAUCGGUGAUGGAUGUUAAAAGCUGCAGAGGGCCAAACUGUGAUUCUGACCACUUCCUAGUGAAAGUCAAGGUUCGAGAAAGAAUUGCCAAUGCAAUUAAAACAAGUGUGCCAGAAACAAGGAGAUGGGCAACUGAAAACCUCAACAAGAACAAGGAGGCACGUAGGUAA